CCCUCUCAACCCGGCAUUCCACCCUUCCCUCUCAGCCCGGCAUUCCACCCCGCCAUGUACAGCAACAUAUAGUCCGAAGCACCUUAUAAACUCCUGGAGAGGGGGAGAAGGGGUACAGAGUAAUUACAGAGAGGAACGAAGAGAGAUUAAGAGAAUGGAAGGUGGUCUGUUUGAGAUGAAAGAGGGGAGGAGAAGGGCGUGGUGGUGGCUGUACGUGGGGUCAAUGCUACUGGGACUGCUCAUGAUUUGGGUGUACAGGAUCUCGCACUUGCCUGAGGCCGGAGAGAAGGGGAGGUGGGCGUGGAUGGCCAUGUUUGCCGCCGAGCUCUGGUUCGGCUUCUACUGGAUUCUCACUCUCUCCGUUCGUUGGAACCCCAUUUACCGCUAUACCUUCAAGGACAGGCUCUCUCACAGGUAUGAAGACAAACUUCCUAGUGUAGAUGUUUUCAUAUGCACUGCUGAUCCCAUCAUAGAACCCCCAAGAUUAGUUAUUAACACAGUUCUAUCAGUAUUGGCGUAUGACUACCCACCAGAGAAACUGACUGUUUAUCUAUCUGAUGAUGGUGGUUCAAUCUUCACAUUCUAUGCCCUACUUGAGGCAUCAAGAUUUGCAAAAUCUUGGAUUCCUUUCUGUAAGAAGUUCAAUGUCCAACCCAUGUCACCUUCUUUGUUCUUCUCAAAAUCAUCAAUCACAGAACUUGAUCCGAGUUUUUCAGAAUGGACUGCUAUGGAAAAAUUGUACAAAGAUAUGGAGAGUCGGAUUGAAAAUGCUAUAAAAAUUGGUGACAUUUCAAAAGAGAUUAAGGCAGAGCAUGAAGGCUUUUCAGAAUGGAGCUCCAAAAUAACUUCUAAAGAUCACCAAGCCAUUGUCAAGAUAUUAAUUGAUGGAAGAGAUCAAAAUUCUCGAGACUCUGAUGGAUUUGCAAUGCCUACAGUCAUUUAUAUGGCUCGUGAAAAACGUCCAACAUAUCAUCAUAAUUUUAAAGCUGGGGCUCUGAAUGCAUUGUUAAGAGUCUCUGCAAAGAUAAGUAAUGGGCCAAUCAUUCUUACUAUUGACUGUGAUAUGUAUGCUAAUAAUGUUGGAUCAAUCAGAGAUGCUUUGUGCUUCUUCAUGGAUGAACAAAGAGGCCACAAGUAUGCUUUUGUGCAAUUUCCUCAAACCUAUAAAAACACCACCAAGCAUGACUUGUAUUCAAGUUCCUUGCGCAUCAUUCAACAGGUGGAUUUUCCAGGGCUAGAUGGCCAAGGAGGUCCACUUUUCAUAGGUUCAUGUUGUUUCCAUAGAAGAGAUUGUCUGAAUGGGAGAAUAUAUAGUGAACUAAGUAAUAUUGAGCUGAAAGGCGAAAUACCACAUAUUACAGAAGCAAGUAUUAGCACUUUAGAGGAAAGAACAAAGAUUCUUGCAACUUGUUCCUAUGAAGAGAACACCCAAUGGGGAAAAGAGAUGGGUAUGAAAUAUGGAUGUCCAACAGAAGAUGUGAUCACUGGAUUUGCAAUUCAAUGUCGGGGUUGGAAAUCAGUAUACUUUAAUCCAAAAAGAGAGGCUUUCCUCGGUGUUGCUCCUACAACACUCCCCCAAGUUCUGAUACAGCAUAAGAGAUGGUCUGAAGGUGACCUUCAGAUUUUCUUCUCAAAGUAUUGUCCCUUCCUUUAUGGCUUUGGAAGAACAAAACUUGGCCUUCAAAUGGGAUAUAGCAUCUAUUGCUUAUGGGCUAUCAACUCUAUUCCAGUCCUCAUCUAUGUUAUCAUCCCUGCUAUUUGCCUCCAUAAUGAAAUUUUCUUAUUCCCUAAUGUAUUCAGCUUUUGGUUCAUUCCAUUUGCAUUUGUGAUUGCAUUAAGUUAUAUUAUUAGCUUGUGGGAGUCACUAAUUCAUGGUGACACAUUGAAGGCUUGGUGGAAUGAACAAAGAAUAUGGUUAUAUAAGAGAACAACUUCAUACCUUUUCGCAUUGGCGGACACAAUUCUCAAGCUAAUAGGUAUAAGAAAUCUAGCCUUUGUUAUUACGCCAAAGGUGGUUGAUGAAGAGGCAUCCAAGAGAUAUGAGAAAGAGAUCAUAGAGUUUGGGUCCACUUCACCAAUGUUUACAAUAUUGUCUACAAUAGCAAUGCUCAACCUCUUUUGCUUUGUUGGAGGAAUUGGAAGAGUGAUAAUAUAUGAAGCAGGUGGAGCUUUAAGCUCGCUGUUUUUGCAAUUCUUGCUUAGUGGGUCAUUGGUUCUCAUAAACCUUCCCAUUUUCGAAGCUUCAUUCCUCAGGAAAGAUAAUGGACGCAUUCCCAUGGGUACAACAAUUUCAUCAAUUGCAAUAGUUUUAGCAGCUUAUUCCAUAAGUAUGUUUUUGGACAAGAAACUACUUAUGGGUGCAGUUUACUUUUUAAAAGAGGGUUGAACUUACAUCGAAGAACUUCAUAUAUGGAAAGGCAAGGUCAUACACUUUGCAUGUCAGAUUGUGUAUUUAGUGCUCAACUUAGAGUUUCAUUUAAAUAACAAUGCAAUUUAGAUUUGGGGAGUGUUAUGUUAUGUUAUGUCAUUUUUUAAAAUAUAAAAGAUGAUAAAUAAGUUUUUUUUUUUUU